AUGUUUGACGGGGUGCUUAAGUCGUUUGAAGAGACGUUAACGGACAAUAAUACGCUAGAUGAGACGCUUCGCGAAAAGUUUUAUAAAACACUGAAAGAAGAGGCAGUAAAGUCGCAUACGAAUGAGAUGCGAAAAGCGUUUGAAAGAUAUGCGAGCAUCAUGCCGUAUUAUAAUACGAGCCAAGUGAAAUUUUUUCCUGCUAUAGCGCUUAUUGGUAUUGGAAUAGGGAUCGGUCUCGGCAAGCUUGUAUACGAUGGAAUAACGGGGUCGAUCCACAGGUUCAGCGAGGAGGAACAACGACAUAAGGUUUGUUAUCCAACCACCAAAGAAGAUGAUGUAGGAUACCUGAUGCGCAUCGUACCACUCGGCGAAUUCAGUGAUGACCUUAAAACGUUUUCACGUCACAAGCUCAGCACUCACUACAUAGCGCCGCAGUCAAUGCACCUUGCUAAUCUAAGCACUUUGCAAGAGGUGGCCGAUUUUGGUAGCAGUUGUGUCACGAUCGCAUCGACUCUUCUUUGUAAAACACGGCCACAACCGUUCGAAUGCGGUCUAGCUAGGAGAAGACGUCGCGGGCUUAAGUCUUUGAUUUCUUACCAAUCAAGUAGCAAAAUGGCUGAACGUAUCCUCGGAUCAAAGAAGUACAAGAAAGUGGUAGAAAUUGGCAAUGCUGCCAAAGAGUUGAAGAAUGAACAAAUUAUCAGAAUACUGCUCACUGAGAUGAAGGAAGGUGAGGGAUAA